UGUUUACGUGGCAACGAUAAAUACACUGUUCACAGUAAUUUCACUGUCCUACUUUUGAUCUCUUCUAUGAAGAAAUAUUCUGCUCUCAGUUUUCUCUUGCCGUCCAUCCACCGCUUCACGAGAUUUUGACCUAAACAUAGAAAGAUGUCAGUAAAUAAAGUUAAAGGUGAAGAGAAAUUACAGAAAAGUGAUUUUCCUCUGAAUUACUCCAAGGGUAAAAGAAGUGGAAAUAGGAAGAGGGGAAAUGGGAAAGAAACGAUUUUUACUGGGUUUAACAACUACCGGAUGGAUGAUAAACAACAAGGCUUAAUUUCAGAAUUAAAAGAUUUCCAGAUGGGUUGUUCUUGGGUUCCCCCAACCCCUGCAAAGCCCGGCCUAACAACACAGCAGCCGAUCUGCACAGAAUGGCAAGAUAAUCUGGCAUUUCAAGCCAACUGGCUAGAAUCUCGAAAGUUUUCCCUAGUAAAUCAGAUAAGCCAGGCAGAAUUUGAUCUCACAAGAGUAUCGGAGGGGUUUAUGCAAGAACCUCCUGAUCCGUAUAUCGCAGGAUGUUGUGAUUCAACAAUUGCUGUUAAUAUACAUGGGGGUUUCGACAUUGAAGAAGCAUCUGUAGCAGGAUUCCAAGUCGAUAAAGAUGAUUUCUGCUUUUACAAGUUUAUUAGUGAUGAAGACAUGUGGAGCAAUGCUUCUUUUGGAGAACUAUUGGCUAGAGCGCAUGCAGCUGGCACCACAGCUGCUGGAAAUGCAAGUUCUCAAACUGCUUAUAAUCCAACAAGCAGCUCUUUUGUUCAGAACUUUCGUGCCAAGAUUGAUGGUAGACAGUAUACAACAACUUCUGAAAAUUCUUCCUUUGGCAACUUUGCAGUUGAGAGCAACAACAGCAUGCCGAAUAUUAGCACAGGUGGACAUUGUACGCAUUCAAUGCCCAUAUUUGACCUCAAUUUGCCAUCUAUAACGACAGAAGAAAGCUUGGACGAGGUGUUUUCUUUCCAAUUUGCACCAAUAACACCAGAGAAGACCACAAGAGUGGAUGGCAGACAUCAGUUGGGCAUGCCAAAUUUAAGCAUGAAUGAGAUGCUUGGCAUAAAAGAUUUGCAGCUGAAGGAAACCUCCAUCAAGAGGGUCGAAUUAGAAGGAAUCCACCAAAAUAAAGAACAAUCUAAGUUGGUUGUUGAUAAAUUAUGUGAAAAUAUGUCCACACAGUUGGAGGAGAACAACAAGCCUGACAAGGGAGGCACUGGGGAUGUUGACUUGAUCAAAACACCACAGCGGAAACCAAGAAGAAAAAAGCACAGGCCCAAAGUGAUAAUAGAAGACCAAUCCCAAAUAACUCCUAAACCAAGAGUUGAAAGGCCUUCUGAUCCCCAGGAAACCACAAAAGGAAAGAGAAAAUAUGUUCAGAGAAAAGGAGUUGACAAUCCCACAGAAGCCACUCCCUUCGAAAGGGAAAUAAAUGGAAGCAAUAUAAUCACGAAGUCCUCAAGUGCCAAGGAAACCACGAACGGUAAGAGAAAGUAUGUCAGAAGAGGAGGAAUCAACAAACCUGCAGCCAAUACCUUGGACCAGGAUUCCUGCGAAACAACAGAUCCAAAAACAGCUCGGCAAACUAGAUAUUCCUGCAGGAGAUCACUGAAGUUUGACUUUGAAGGCCAAGUGAGAGAUGAAAGCAAUUCUGACAUGGAACCAAAAGCACAUAACUUCAAAGCAAAAGAUCAAUCAGGAUCAACCAUGCAGCUGGGGAGCGAAGCACUAAUGAAGAAGACUGAAGUGAGCAUUGCUUAUGAUCUUGCACGCCCUAUGAAGCAAGUAAUCGAAUGUUACCCAUCAAACCUUGAAGGACAUUACUCUAGCUCCUCACCUCAUUCCAAGACAGAUACACUACACGAUAAAUUAACACUCAUGGAUCAAAAAACAUGUAUAACAGGAAAAUGUCAAAUUGUAUUUUCGGAUUUCACUCACGAUAAAGAAGGAAAUACUGUACAGGUGAAUUCCGAUGCUCAGUUGACUCAAAAGAGCCCAAGUGAUUCAGACUGCAGUAGUAGCACAUGGUUGGUACAAGAAAGAGAUUUAAAAAGACAGCAUAAGGGUACAACUGUUGUAGCAGAAUUUGGCAGGUCAAAUUCAACUGAGACUUUUCACAAUUCUUUGCAGGCAUACAGUGCUAUUUUUCAACAAAAUGCAUAUAACUAUGACUGCACUCCUGGCAUUAGUUUUCCUGCAAUGACAAAGAGAAUUGAGAAAGGACUCGAUUCAGCAAUUUCCAGCACGAACACAGUUAUUGCCCCUGAAAAUCAUGCAAUUGCUCCACUUGAUUAUACUCAAAACGAACAGCAGAAUAUCGGAUUUUUGUCAACUUUGGGACCUACAGAGAGGUUGGAGAAAAAGAGAUCCAAAGAAACUGAUUCAGUAUCUAACUUGGGGUCACUCCUGGAAAUGUGUAAACAAGUGUUAGGUUCUCCGGGCCCUGAAGCAACAACAUUCAAAACCUUUUACGCCAGUGCAAAAAUGACGAAAAAGAAGCGGUCAAAGAGAAAAUUGAAUAUCAAUUCAACAUUGAAAAAUAUUCAUAGUCACCAUAAAUUGGUCACCAGAUCAAUGGGUUCUCCGCUUGCUAAAACAUGGAUGUGCAGGUCUCCAGUUGAUUCUCUCAUUGAGCAAUGUAACAGACUUGAUUUAAAUGCAGUGAGCAGCCUAGAUGCGGCUAUAGAGCACAAUACAGUUAUGGCCUACAACAUGAAUUAUGAAGAGCAAUAUGCCCUUGUUCCCUAUCAAAGAAGUGAAGCUCUAGUCCCUUUUGACAGCUCAUUUUAUCUGGGUAAAAGACGUCGACCACGACCGAAGGUUGAUCUUGAUGAUGAGACAAAUAGGGUGUGGAAACUUUUGUUAGAGAAUAUAAACAGUGAAGGAAUUGAUGGCACAGAUGAAGAAAAUGAAAAAUGGUGGGAAGAAGAACGAAGAGUGUUUCGUGGAAGAGUAGACUCAUUUAUUGCACGCAUGCAUCUUGUCCAAGGGGACAGACGGUUUUCUCCAUGGAAGGGAUCAGUUUUAGAUUCUGUAAUUGGUGUUUUUCUCACUCAGAAUGUAUCAGAUCAUCUUUCUAGCUCUGCCUUCAUGUCACUUGCUGCACGAUUCCCAUCUGAACCAGAAAGCGACCUAGGACAAUCAUAUCAAGAUGUAGUGAGAAUCACAGCCAAAGAACCUGAAGUAUGUGAUCUGGAUCCAGAUGAUACAAUUGGAUGGAAUGAAGUGUUAAAUCAGCCAACCUGUAGCAAGGAUUCUAAGAUGUUUCUUCUGGACUCUGACUACGAUGACAUUAGAGAAGUUGUCGACAGUGUCAAGUCCUCUGGAAAUAGCUUUGAUGGCAUAUCGAAGGAUAAAAGUGUUCAAUUGUCAGGUCUCUGUACAAAUGGUCCAGAUGCAUCCCUAGAAUCUACAGUGAACAAGUCAACAGGUUUCGUUGGGGAUGAAAGAGACUUGGAUGAUACACUUUCUUCUCUGAGUUCUGUGAUUUACUCAAGGAACUCUGCAGAUUCUGUCAUUGAUCUAACCAGCGAAAGAACUGAAUCUUGCUCACUGAGCACCUUAGAGGCAGAACCACCAGCUGGAAGUGACCCUAACACAAACAGUAUUAUUUGCUCUACUUCUUGUGUAAAGCUAUCACGGAUGGAACAAACCAUACUGCACGGAGAUAACAAUCGAAGGGAUGAAAAUAACUUGUCCAGUAUGGAUCGACAAAUCGAAUCAGUAAGUAUGGUCCAUGACACAAAAAAUCAAAACGAGAACCUGUCAGAUAAUACCGGCAGUAAGCCAGCCAUGCGUCUCACACCCACUUCAGGAGCACAAGAAGCAGGACACUUUGAUAGACCUCAAAAGAAUGGUGAAAGCUCGAAUAUUGCCAAUGAAAAGGAACUUUUUGAGACGGAACUAAGUGGGUCGUCGGCAGAAUCUGCGACACAAACCACAUUGCAGAAGUUCUUGGCUAUCAGUCGCGAAACACCAAAACCCUAUAAUGAAAAAGGUCACUCAAGCAACCAUCUAACGGACAUGUACCCGAAGAUAGCUGAAAAUCCUACAGGAAAACUGGAGUCACAGUUUCAGUUUGAAGAAAAUAACUAUAAAAGGCAGGAAGUAUCAAACAUACCGAUUUUACGACAAAAUUUCACAGAUAUCACGGAUAGUAGCAAUAUUGAUAAUUCAAGAACGUUUGAGAACAAAGAAGUGGAUUCAAAUUUGAAAGAUCCUGGUAAAAUAGUAAUUGAACGUAAAGCAAAGAAGGGGAAAUUUAGAAAAGAGAGACAUAACCCAGUUGACUGGGAUAGGUUAAGGAAACAAGCACAAGAAGGUGGCACGCGAAGAGAGAGGACAGCCAAUACGAUGGACUCAGUGGACUGGGAUGCAGUAAGAUGUGCAGAUGUUAAUGAGAUUGCCCAAACCAUCAAAGAAAGGGGAAUGAACAAUAUGCUGGCAGAGAGAAUCAAGGACUUCCUCAAUCGCCUAGUUAGAGACCAUGGAAGCAUUGAUCUGGAAUGGCUAAGGGAUAUUCCACCAGACAAAGCAAAAGAGUAUCUGUUGAGCGUACGGGGUUUGGGUUUGAAGAGCGUGGAGUGUGUACGGCUCUUGACACUACAUCACCUUGCUUUUCCAGUCGACACGAAUGUUGGGCGCAUAGCCGUAAGAUUGGGAUGGGUACCUCUUCAACCAUUGCCUGAGUCACUUCAGCUGCAUCUCCUAGAACUGUACCCAGUAUUGGAGUCUAUUCAAAAAUAUCUGUGGCCACGCCUCUGCAAGCUUGAUCAAAGGACACUAUGUCAUCAUUGCAGAUAUGAGCUGCAUUACCAGAUGAUUACUUUUGGAAAGGUGUUUUGUACCAAGAGCAAACCAAAUUGCAAUGCUUGUCCAAUGAGAGGAGAAUGCAGACAUUUUGCGAGUGCAUUUGCAAGCGCGAGAUUAGCUCUUCCAGCACCAGAGGAGAAAAGUGUUGUAAGUGCAAUAGAAAACAACUCAUCUGAUCAGAAUGCUGUGAAAAUUAUCAAUUCUUUGUGGUUACCUUUACCUCAUCAAUUGGAAGCACACAAUAAAGUCAGCAACUAUGAACCCAUUAUUGAAGUGCCAGCUACACCAGAGCCCUUUGUUGAAGUGCCUCCAACUCCAGAACCAGACUCAACACAAAUUCCGGAAUGUGACAUUGAGGACAACGUUGAAGAUUCUGAUGAUAUUCCUGCUAUUCAACUCAAUAUGGAAGGGUUAACUCAGAAUUUGCAGGAAAUUAUGCAAAAACAGAUGGAACUACAGGAGGGUGAUAUGUCAAAGGCGCUAGUAGCUUUAACUCCGGAAGCAGCUUCAAUCCCUAUGCCUAAACUUAAGAAUGUGAACCGACUUAGAACAGAGCAUCAAGUCUAUGAGCUUCCAGAUUCACAUCCUCUGCUGCAAAAAAUGGAUAAAAGAGAACCAGAUGAUCCCUGCUCAUACCUACUUGCAAUAUGGACCCCGGGUGAAACUGUGGACAGUAUUCAGCCACCAGAAAGACAUUGCAGCUCCCAAGAAUCUGGGAAUCUGUGCACUGACGAAACGUGUUUUUCAUGCAAUUCUAUCCGCGAAGGGAACUCGCAAACCGUUAGAGGCACACUUCUGAUACCCUGCAGAACAGCUAUGAGAGGAAGCUUUCCACUCAAUGGUACCUAUUUUCAAGUCAAUGAGGUGUUUGCUGACCAUGAAUCUAGCGUGAACCCUAUCAAUAUUCCAAGAGACUGGUUAUGGAAUUUGCCACGAAGAAUGGUGUACUUUGGAACCUCCAUACCCACAAUAUUUAAAGGGCUAACAACAGAAGGUAUUCAGUACUGUUUUUGGAGAGGCUUUGUCUGUGUAAGGGGAUUCGACCAGAAGACAAGAGCACCGCGUCCUCUCAUUGCUAGAUUGCACUUCCCAGUCAGCAAGUUAACAAAGGUAAAGUGAAGGACAGGUGAGAAUUAGGUAUGACCAUAGCUAACAGUAGGAUUAUGUAGAAACAGCAAUGGCAUUUAGCAGGCCGGGAAUCAGAGCAAUGUUCUUCACGCUGCAAAAAGGAAAUGAAAAUCAGCCAAUUUUAUAUAUGAAAUGAAGGGAAUUUGGGUAUGUGUAGCGUUAAAUCUUGAUAUUUCUCCUCAAACAAGAAAUGUUUCAUUACUGUUGACAUAGAGGCUGACAUAGAAUGACAUGCCUCUCUUCUAAUUCAUUACCUAAUUUUUUUAGUUAUGUAUUCUUGAUUGCUGGAGUUAUAAGCAAAUGAAGCAGAAAGGCAGUACUCCGAAGGCAAUA